AUUGCAUUUCUGCUACGUUAACUACUUUGGCGUUGCUGACGACAAAGCCUCCGUCGUUCUCUGCCGCUCGCUGCUGUCCGCCGCCAUUUCCGUGGAUGCAAUUUGACCUUAAUCUUUGGUCUGUGGUGCUCUUGCUCUACAUAUCACCGAAAUUCCCCCAUUUUCGUGACAAUUUGGGUUUUCCCAAUUGAAAUUGCUUGUCCUUAGGGUUUGGUUUGAUUUCGGAAAGAAAUGGAGUUUGUUAACCGAGUAGUGGACGUAGCUAAGAGAGCUGCAAACAACAACACAGUGAUCAACGUUUGUCUAAUGGCUUCGUUUGGAAUACUUUGUGUAAGAUCUCUGAAUCAGCAAAAUACCAUUGAGGCUCUUGAGGCUGAGAAGGAAUCUCUCACCAAAUCCAACAAGUCCAUCAGAAAGACCAUGUGGGACUGGAAACAGCAGCUUUAUGCUGAAGCCUCCACUGAUUCUGCUGUGGUUCCUCUCGCAAGGCUCCAAGCCAUAUACGGGGAAGCCCCACCUCCUCAACGUGCCACUUUUGGAGACACUGUGAGGAAAGAUGCAAAUUCACCUGGUGCUGCCCAAAUAGUCGUCUGAGAUUUUCUUAGUUAUCAGAACUUCAAAGUUUGGGGCAUUAGAAGGCUGCUAAUAAAUAUUUUCCAAUAUAACAUAGGAAGGUUUAAUCCUGUCAUAAUUUUGUGAUUGUGAUUGCAUGUCAAUGUAGAACUUGGCGGAAGUCAAAAAGGUGAUAAUUUUAUCAUUGUAAGGACAAAAACACUUUUUUUCUUAUAUAUUUUAUCCAUCUAACAAUUUUGGGUGACAGAUGAAAACUAGAUACAAUUUUGGAAGUUGAGAGGAUGCAACCUUCAAAUAUUGCCAUCAAACUGGUCUUGUUGACUUCCAUGAUGCAUAUAAUGGAAAAUUUUUGAUGAGCAAAAAACGUUGCUUCCUUUUAUUGCCACCUUCACUUUUGUUGAGGCAUAACUGUUAGACGACUCCGUUGGUUGAA